UAUGUUUUUACUCUUUAAUAUUUACGUUACAAUAAUUUUAACACGUCUUACUUCGUUAAUUCUUACUUAUAAGUUAAACUUAUAGUAUAAGAACUAACUUACAUAUUAUACAGACUACAAACUACUGAUACUACUAAUAUACUAAUAUUCUUUACGUAUUACACUAGCUACUGCCGUCUGCUAUAGUCCUUAAAACUUACUCGUCGAACAGAUGGGACUUUUGAGCUUUUCAAAGUCCACACUGUGGAACUGUGGUAGUCGUCGGUAGACAUUAUUGAAGCAUACAAUAUUGCGGUUUUUGAAAAGAUCGAAUUACAAUUUUAAAAUGUGCGAAAUAAAUUUAGUCUGCAAUUAUAAAAAAUGUCGUAAGACUUUAAACACAUUUGCAUGGGUAACGAGUUGUUCACAUAUAUUUUGCGACAACGAUGGCAGCCGAACAUUUAAUCGUGAAAAAAAAUGCCCUUGCUGUGAUGAAAUUCUUAAUAGACGUUUGGACAUAGUUCAGGUUAACUUAAAUCCAGACGAAUCUUUUAAAUCUAUGAUAUUAUGUGGUUUAAGACCAGAAAUUGUAAUGGACAUAUCGUUACGAGCAGUGUCUUUUUGGAAUUACCAAAUGACCCAAGAAAAAAUCAUUCAGACUAGUGAUAUGAAAAGACUUCGAGCUAAAUUUGAACAGGUUAAAAUCAAUAUAGAAACCAUGGAGUAUCAAUUUCAAAAGCAUAUUUUAAUUGAAACAAAAAAAUCUGAGUUAGCUAUGAAAGAUACUGAGUUACAAAGACGUAAAACCCAAGAAAUAGAAGAGAAAUUGAUUGAAAAGAAUAGAAUCUUACAUAAAGUUCAGUCCAAGUAUGAGUCUCUCAAACUUCAACUUAUUUCUAAUACAAUAAAAUCAACAAAAACAGAACAAAUUCCCAUGGCUCAACUUCAGCCUAAAACAUUUGAAGGUCAAACUGAAUUUAUAUUUGCACCAAAUAUUGAUUAAGUCAAAUGCAUAUAUCUAAGCUAGAAGAAAAUACAAAACAAGAUGUUAAUAAAACUACUUACACAUAGCAACAAUUUUUAUUUUAAAUCAACUAUUUCUAAAGGUUUUAUAUUUAAUUCUUUAUGUAGUUCUUCUAUUGGUUG